AUGGAAACGACCAUUUCGAACAUCAUAGAUAUGUAUGGUGGGCACCGUGUCGAGGAAGAAGCGCUGCUCCCAAACGCACACCGGUCACAAGCAUAUCGAGAUACCGUUGCACCUCUAAUGGCAAGGCAAUAUGGUGGUGCCCAAUCGCCGACCCUCUUACCACUAUUCAUCAAACGCGAAAGCGGUGCCGAGUCGCCACCUCCGCUUCCUGGCUUUGAAGACGACAACGAUGCCAUGAUCCUACCACCCAUGCCAUCUCCCAGCAUAUACCAAGACUUCUCUCCGCCAGCAUCGCCUGAUAUUCCCGAUAUGCCUCCUAUGUCUUCCUCGAACCGCGCUCGGUCACCAAGUAUAUAUCCACAGCCGCCACCGCUAUCGCCAGCGGGCAGCAAGAACGGUGCUCCAAGCUUUGUAGAUUUUGCCCGGAAUCUGCCUCACAGGGGAAACGAUAUUGUGUCGCCGAUGUCAUCUAAUGGAUCCGAAGAACAUCAUCGGCAGCUUGCUCUGGACUCUCUCGCACCUCCAUCGCCGCAAGACUCCCCCGACGUCCAUCCGGUAGCAGUUGAAGGUGAUGACAGCUAUCUUCCAGGUCCAAUAUCUGGCACAAUUACACAAAUUGUCGUUAUGGACAUGAUAGCACCGCUUCAAGAGCUCGAGCAUGUGAGCCACACCGUCUCACCUGAUGAGAAUGCUGGGGGAGCGCCAAGGCCCGUCAGCGCAAACAGCUUCGAGGAUUUCUUAGAACACGGUGCAAGGCGAUUGCAGUCUCAGACACCUUCGCUGGGUGCAUCGCAGGUAUCAGGCCUGGCGACACAAGGCUUUUUGGGUGCUCAGCGCUUCACCGAGGAAGAAAAGCAGCAGAUCUUGAGUCACGCGUCAGGAAAAUACCCUGGCAAUGGAUCACUCCCGGAUGCCUUGAAAGCGCGGAUGAGCACCCGAUCAAGCAUGUCUCAGCGCGCCGGAUCUCUAAUGCGUGCCUUGUCUACGCGUAAAGGAGCCGCGGGCGCUGGUUCGAUACAUCGUCGAGGAGCCAGCGAAGCAGCCGCAACCGGCGAAUAUGUGCCAGGUCGGAAGAAACUCGCCAUACAACCAACUUCUUACCAACUUUACGGCGAAGCUGCAUGGGCCAAAGACGACAAGAAGAAGCGGACUAAGAACAAGCGAACGAGCAAAGAGUCUAACAAAUCGGAAGAUGGGCAGAAGAUGGGCUUGUGGGAAGGUGCAAGACACAGGUUAACCAGGACUGCUUCGGAGAAGAGGCGUGAGAAGUUGAAAAGCAGUAUCAAGCUGGUCGGUCCGACGCAUAUCUCGCAAAGAAAGAAUGCUCAGCAGGAUCUGAUGCGCUGGUGA